AUGCCUGCUCAACGAUCCAGAAACAACAAUUUGAAAAAAGCAUUCUUUAAACAAUUCACCUCCACAGUGUUUGAUACUUACAAUAAAGACAUUGACAAAUGGUUUGCCUACUACUUCUAUGAUCCGUUUGCCAAAUCGGUGUUUUAUGUUGCCAACACCAGCACCAGAAUGAUUUGUGAACCGGCUUGUAUGGAGUACGAAAAGGAACAACUUUCUCCCAACAUUUGCUUUAUCACAAAGUGUGAAGCACAACAACUACAAUACCUACAGAAUUACAAUUUGUGCAAAUGUUGUGUGCACUACUUCACCACCACCACCACCACCACCAUAAACAACAACAACAACAAUAUAAUUGGUAACAGUGAUCAGUUUGAGGUUGGGCUUUUGGCAUCCUGCUGCAAUCAGCUAUUCACCAAUGUGUGCCAGAUCGACAUGCACGAGCAGUACAUAAAAGCGUCGAGAGAUCUACAAAAAAAUGCCAAAUUCAACAAGAAAUCGGGCACUGCGACAGGCCAAAUCUCCUACAACAUGCCUUAUAACGUCAAGCUCGCUCAGCUAAGUGCCAGAAUGCUAGCCAACAACGCCAUGGCAAUUGAGCAAAACCGAAUGUUAGGAUUGCCUCAGAUACCCAAACUCACACUAAAUCAGCUUGUCAAAGCCAAUGGCUAUUCUGACUGCUACUACCAAAGGGUGUUCAAGUCCAUCAUCAAACUAACUCCCAAAGAAUUUGGAGCAGCAUGCCAGAAAGUCUUUAGAGAGUAUUUUCAAGCUUCUGGAAGUCAGUUUGCACAGUGUUUGAAUACAGGGGCACCAUUGAGACAACAACCACCUAAUCCAUCUACAUUCAAUGGUGACUCAAGCGCUUAUACAAAUAGUAAUGCUAAUGGGAUUAAUAGUGCCAACAAUAAUAGCGCUGCUAAUAUUACCGAUGGAAAUAAUACCAAUAACCGUACUGAUUCUAUUGAAUACUAUAUCGAUAGUUUUAAGGAUGUGUUGAAUCACACUAAAAUUGUUUCUGCUGUCUCUACUACCACUGACUACACAGUACCUCGAGUAUUGCCUGAAAUAUGUGAUGAAUUGAACAAUAAUCCAACAGAAGCAAGGGCCUCUCAGUCAAUUGAUGUUUGUGAUAAUGUUUGUGAUAAUGUAUUUUAUAGUUCCAUGUUCAAACAGCUUAGAACCCAUAUGGAAGUUUUGCAAAUCGAUGAGAACAGCAAUCUUAACAUAGAGCUCAACAAUAACAUACAAGACAACCUUGUUAUCGAUUCGAACACUGAUUGCAAUAUUGAUUGCAACAUUGAUUGCAACAUUGAUUGCAACAUUGAUUGCAACAUAGAUCCCAACAUAGAUCCCAACAUAGAUCCCAACAUAGAUCUAAACAUCGAUUUCAACGAUUAUUUUGAAUACCCAGAUGAUGUUUCUAAUAAAACUCUGGAGCAUGUUGAAAGCCAUGAUCAGGAUCAGGAUCACGAUCCAAACCACGAUCAAGAUUACAAUCAGGACUAUUUUUAUGUCUUCCAAAAUACAUCCGACCCUAGUAGUUUUGAUUUUAUUGAAAUUGAAGAAUUUGCAGCUAAGCAGAUGUUACAGGACUCCAGUAUAGACAACUACAUAGCAUCUGAGUCAUUGGCAGAAAAUGAAUCAAAUGAAUCAAAUGAAUCAAAUGAAAUUAAUGAAAUUAAUGAGUUAAAUGAGCUAAAUGAAUUCACCAAUAUUGAUAUCUCAAGUAAUAUUCCUAGAACUUUCCAGUUUGACGACUUACCAGAGUUUGAUGUUGAACUUAUGCUCAAAGACAUCAACAAUAUGUUCAACGACAUUAACAAUAUUCCAAACAACAGCAGUGAUUCCGAAUAUGACAUUGAUAUGGAAUCUUGA